AUGGGAGCAAACACCUCCAGCAAGUCCCCACCCUUGGACGAGAACGAAGAUGUCACCUUCGACCAUUUUGAAAUUUUGAGAGCUAUUGGGAAGGGCAGCUUCGGAAAAGUCUGCGUUGUGCAGAAGAAUGAUACCAAGAAGAUGUAUGCCAUGAAAUACAUGAACAAACAGAAGUGCGUGGAGCGCAAUGAAGUGAGAAAUGUUUUCAAGGAGCUGCAGAUAAUGCAGGGCCUGGAGCACCCCUUCCUGGUCAAUUUAUGGUACUCGUUCCAGGAUGAAGAAGACAUGUUUAUGGUUGUAGACCUGCUGCUCGGCGGGGACCUGCGCUACCACCUCCAGCAAAAUGUGCGGUUCCAGGAAGGCACUGUGAAACUCUUCAUCUGCGAGCUGGUGCUGGCCCUGGACUACCUCCAGCGCAGGAGCAUCAUCCACAGAGACAUCAAGCCUGACAACAUUUUGCUGGAUGAGCACGGACACGUGCACAUCACCGAUUUCAACAUUGCCACCAUGCUGACGAAGGAAAUCCAGGUCACCACCAUCGCUGGCACAAAGCCCUACAUGGCACCUGAGAUGUUCAACUCCACAAAGCCCACCGGCUACUCCUUCGCUGUGGACUGGUGGUCGCUGGGCAUCACGGCUUAUGAGCUGCUCCGCACCCGGAGGCCGUACCACAUCCGCUCCAGCGCUCCUGCGGCUGAAAUCGCCCGCGUGUUCCGCACGGCCACAGUGACGUACCCGGCUGCCUGGUCGGCGGACAUGGUGUCGCUGAUCAGGAAGUUGCUGGAGCCGAACCCCGAGAAGCGUUUUUCUCAGCUGAAGGAUGUCCAGGGCUCCCCGUACCUGUCCGACGUGAACUGGGAUGCUGUUCUCCAGAAGAGGAUAAUGCCGGAGUUCAUCCCCACG